AUGGGCUGCAUAGGCUCUAAACCAGAGCAGGAUUCCUUUGGAAAAACAGUGGGUCGUGACGACUCAUCCAGUCAUAACCAGACGCCCCAUUAUGUGAAGGACCCCACAGCAGGCUCUAAGCCGGGCAAAUCUAACUCCAGUGCCCCUGAGUCGAGCUCUGAUGGUCAAGAGAACUUUGCUAUUACACUGUACGAUUAUGAGGCCAUCCAUGAUGGAGACUUGGGAUUCAAAAAAGGAGAAAAACUUAAAAUCCUCGAAGAAUCAGGGGAGUGGUGGAGAGCAAAGUCAUUAAGCACUGGAAAUGAGGGCUUCAUUCCCAGUAACUAUGUGGCUAAGGACACACUGGAAACAGAAGAGUGGUUCUUUAAAGGAGUGAGCAGAAAAGAUGCUGAGAGACAGCUGCUUGCAUCUGGGAACAAACUGGGAUCAUUUAUGAUCCGAGACAGCGAGACCACCAAAGGUAGCUACUCCCUGUCAGUCAGGGAUCGUGACCCUCAGACAGGGGAUGCAGUGAAGCAUUAUAAAAUCCGCACCCUGGAUAACGGCGGAUUCUACAUCUCCCCACGCAUCACCUUUGGCAGUCUGCAGGAGCUAGUCAGUCACUAUAAGAAGCAGAGCGAUGGUCUUUGUCAGACACUAACUAUCGCUUGCCUGAAUCCUAAACCUCAGAAGCCCUGGGAGAAGGAUGCCUGGGAGAUCCCACGGGAGUCGCUGAAGCUGGAUAAGCGACUGGGAGCAGGGCAGUUUGGAGAGGUCUGGAUGGCCACAUACAACAAACACACGAAGGUUGCAGUGAAGACCAUGAAACCAGGCAGUAUGUCUGUGGAGGCAUUCCUGGCCGAAGCUAACCUGAUGAAAACCCUACAGCAUGACAAGCUAGUCCGCCUCAAUGCAGUGGUCACAAAGGAGGAACCUAUUUUUAUCAUCACAGAGUUCAUGGAGAAAGGUAGUUUACUGGACUUCCUCAAGAGUGAUGAGGGAAACCGUGUCCAGCUGCCAAAACUCAUUGACUUCUCAGCCCAGAUUGCAGAGGGCAUGGCUUACAUUGAACAGCGAAAUUACAUUCACAGAGAUCUCCGUGCAGCCAACAUCCUGGUCUCCAAGACCUUGGUGUGCAAGAUUGCUGACUUUGGUCUGGCUCGUAUCAUAGAGGACAAUGAAUACACUGCCAGGGAGGGUGCCAAAUUCCCCAUUAAAUGGACCGCCCCAGAGGCCAUAAACUAUGGUUCAUUCACCAUAAAAUCAGAUGUCUGGUCCUUUGGCAUUCUUCUGACUGAGAUCAUCAGUUACGGUCGCACUCCGUAUCCAGGUAUGACUAACCCGGAAGUGAUUCGAUCUCUGGAACGGGGCUACCGCAUGCAGCGGUUGGAUAGCUGUCCUCAGGAGCUUUAUAACAUCAUGCUGGAGUGCUGGAAGGACAAGCCUGAGGAUAGACCUACCUUUGAGUACCUGCAGAGUGUACUAGAGGACUUCUACACAGCCACAGAGAGCCAGUACCAGCAACAGCCAUGA